AUGGCGCCGAACAAAGGGAAAGAGAGCUUGCUGGACCUAUGCAAUCGAACGAUCGCCUUGGGAAACAGCAUCGCCGUACAUACACUCGAGUACCUCAGCAUAGCGAAGACUCCUCGCCAUGGCUUCAGGGAGCUUGCCGUCGAGUUCCUCGAGGCCAGCAGAGCUCUGUUCCCUGCCAAAGCAGGUCUAGCACGAUCGACUGCUAAGUUCUCUACUGAUGUACAGCAAGAGCUCCGCGAAAGGUUCUCCCAGACCAACAAUGCGUUCACCAUCAUGGAUCAAGUGGUGAACAAGCUCUUGGGAAACGAAAAGAAGCAGGGCUUUGCAAAGCUAGGAAAGGGCUUUAGCAUGAUCUUCGCGGAGAACGAGAUUGACAAACUUCGGGUGUGCCUUCAACAAUGUCGAGCUGCGUUGAGUAUCAGCGCCCUGAUGUUCUCUUCUGUCAUUGGCGAAGGUGGCAAGCUGGAUGUUGCUUCUGGCAUAGGCUACACGGCGUUGGCCGCUAUCCUCGACAUCAAGGAUCCAACCCAUGGAAGGUCAAACUCGCAAAACUCACAAGAACGUGCUCUCGCAGCACUAUCGCCAGAUCGUCGCCCACUACCCCCGGCGCCAAUUCUGGCUCCGUCGCCCGGAGUUGACAUGUUUGCUCCUCGCAUCUCAUCGUUGAGGGAAAUGCCAAACCCAAGCUUCCCGGACAGUUCGGUGCUCAACACGAGACCCACCCAGGUAUAUCGCUCGCCUACGGAGGACAGUCAGAUGAGCUCAGUCUCUCACGUAUUCAGCGACCGCAGCUCCAUCGUCGGCGUGCCGGGAGACGGUGCAUCUGACAUCACAUCCAUCUUUUCUAUGCUACAGGAACAGAACAACAACACCAUGUCAUUCCAUGCUUUCGUCGACAAAGUGCCGAAAGAAGCGAUCCGUGUCAAGCACGAUCCAUCGAAAGCACCAAGGUGGAGGCCUAAACACACCACUCCAAAUGUGUCUGAUGCCUCGCGAAAAGCACUCACCAAUGCUGUUCAGCAGAAAGAUCACAAGACCAUCGAGCAGCUUCUGGACCACGGCAUUCCUGCUGAAAACAGUCUUCUUGGUGCCGCGGUCAUCAACCACGAUAUCGAGAGCAUGCGCCUGCUGUUGUUAUUUGGCGCAGAUGUCAAUGCCAAGGACAAAGACGGUUCGACGCCUCUUUACACUGCUACUGGAUCAUCAUUCUUCGAAGCCGCCCAGCUCUUGAUGAAGUAUGGCGCGGAUCCAAAUGUCUCAGCCGGGCCAUAUGGCGAGAAUCCCUUCGCGGUCUCGCUAACACCUAGUAAGGCACACUUUGCUCAGCUUUACCUCCAGCAUGGAGCAGAUACCAAUGCUAUGGAAGAGAACGGUUGCACGCCGUUCACACAGUCAAUGAACAAGAGCACUCCGGCGAGUCUCGUUGAGCUCAUGAUGGUGUACGACGCCGAUCCGAACAACAAGAACAUCCGCGGCGAGACUCCCCUGUUCAAAGCCAUCAACGCGGGUAGGACUGACCUUGUCACUCUAUUGCUCGAUCAUGGAGCCGAUCCGAAUCUACCAGGGCCUAAGAUUGUUCUUUGGGCUGCGGUUCACACUCCUCAGAUGCUCGAGAUUCUCCUCGAGCGUGGUGCAGACCUGCGUCGUGCACCUGGUGUCCUCGAGCUAGCCACUUCAAUCAACUCCCGCGAGGCCAUCGACCUGCUCCUCAAGCACGGUGCUGAUCCCAAUGCGAAGAAGGAUGGCAUCUAUACUCCCCUGUGUUCUGCCAUUCGCGACAACCGAGAAGACUUGGUCGACCUCUUACUCGCCAACGGUGCCGAUCCGAACCUGACAGCUCUCGAGUUCCCGUGCUUCAAGUGUGUCACCUACCACCGUUCUCAUCUCUUGCCACGGCUUCUCGCUGCUGGUGCAAAUCCGAACAGUCCAAAGGGCAUCAUUGAGCAUGCUGUGGCACACAACGACAAGGACGCAUUGCAAUUCUUUCUCGAGCAUAAUGUCGAUCCGAACGCUCGCAACAAGUCUGGACACACAGCCUUGACUACUGCGAUCAAGGAGAACCGUUUAGAGAUGAUUGAUUUGCUCCUCGCGCAUGGCGCGGACCCCGGAGUGCGAGGACAUGAUUGGCCUAUCAGCAUGGCUGUCAGGAAUGCAGAAGUCCUUGUGAAGCUCCUACCUCACAUCGAAACAUCACGUAUCAACAAGGGUGCCGUGGAGAUGGCUGUCGUCGCGAACCAGCUCGAGAGCGUAAAGCUACUCCUUGCCAAGGGUGUCGACGUCGAAGAGAAGAACGGCGGUGUCUUCAGCCCCCUUACGACCUCAAUCCGUGAGAACCGAAAAGACAUCUUCCGCUACCUCAUCGACGAAGCUGGUGCUGACCCGAACGCACCCGGCGAGCAUCUGCCCAUCAUCAAAGCUAUCCGUCGUCAUCGUGAGGAUGACAUGUCGUAUAUCGAACACCUCCUCUUCAAGGGAGCGGAUAUCAACCUGAUGUACCGUGGCUGGAAUGCCGUCCUACAAGCUGUCGACAACGGCGAUGUACAGAUUCUAAGGUUGUUGGCGGCUAAGGGCAACCCGGACUUGAGAGCGAGAGAUGAACAUGGUCGGUCUGUGCAUGAUAUCAUGCAGGAGCGCGGUCUGCAAGAGGAAGAGUCCAUCUUGUCUGGUGGCAGGAGCCCGAGUCCGAAGAUUAAGGAUGCGCAGUAUCAGUUGAGGGAGUUGGUGUUGUGA